GGAUUAUUGACAGCUGGGAUAUCCCAGGAUGCCCAGCCCACCUCAGAAUCUGAAUGUUCCGGUGCAAGACGUUUGGGCAGCACAUGAACAGGGUGGCUCCCUGUUGCUUCAGUUGUUGGGCCUGUUCCUCCUCCCAGGCAGCAUUGUGAAGUUCUCACCACAUACGACUGGUCAUCAUCAGCAUUGCAGAGAAUUACAAUUUCAGUGUACUUCCUGAAUUGACUGGAAUUGAAAAUGGAAUCUACCCCAACCCUGGCAGACAGUUAGACAAUAUCAACAGGAGUAUCUGCGUACAUAAUUGAUGUAGCCUUGUGGAGGACUUAACACCAACAGCCAAGAUGAGAGAGUGGGCUUACAGGAAUCAAAUGAAAAUGUCAGUCUUCUUAUCCAAUUCACGCUCCAUGGAGUCAAGCAACGUACAUCCUUGAGAAAUAACAGCAGUUUAUGGAAAAUACCGGAUUUUGCCUCUGAAGAUUUGACUUGCCUUUUUUGGGAAAGCCUCUCUCCACCAGUCUUGAGCUAUAGAGGAGACAUGGCCAGCAACUCGUUCCGUGAGUCGAAGCGUGGUAGACAUGCACAGGCCAACCAUGAUGUUGGAGAUUUCAACUGCUCGCUCAAGGAGCUGCGCUCCCUCAUGGAACUCAGGGGACCUGAGGGAAUAACUAGAAUCCAAGAAUGUUAUGGAGAUGUCCAAGGACUCUGUACCAGACUGAAAACAUCACCUAUUGAUGGGUUAGGAGGGCAUGCUGACGACAUCGCCAGGAGGAAAGAGGAGUUUGGACAGAACGUAAUACCUCCAAAAAAGCCAAAAACAUUUCUUCAGUUAGUGUGGGAAGCGUUGCAAGAUGUGACACUAAUUAUCCUAGAAGUGGCAGCCAUCAUUUCAUUAGGCCUUUCUUUUUAUAGACCUCCAGAUGCCGAAAGAGAAAAUUGUGGGAAGGCAGCGGGAGGAGUGGAGGAUGAGGGGGAGGCAGACACGGGCUGGAUUGAGGGUGCAGCCAUCCUCCUGUCUGUCGUCUGUGUUGUCCUGGUGACAGCGUUCAAUGACUGGAGUAAAGAGAAGCAGUUCCGCGGGCUGCAGAGCCGUAUUGAACAGGAGCAGAAGUUCACGGUGGUCCGCGGAGGCCAAGUCAUCCAGAUCCACGUGGCUGAGAUCGUAGUCGGCGAUGUUGCACAAGUGAAAUACGGUGACCUUCUUCCUGCUGAUGGUGUGCUAAUCCAGGGAAAUGAUUUGAAAAUCGAUGAAAGCUCUCUAACCGGUGAAUCUGACCAUGUCAAGAAGACAUUGGACAACGAUCCCAUGCUGCUGUCAGGUACCCACGUCAUGGAGGGUUCUGGGAAGAUAUUGAUCACAGCAGUAGGUGUCAACUCCCAGACCGGCAUCAUUUACACACUACUUGGAGCCGAGGAAGACGAAGAUGACGAUGAGGACGAAAAGGCGGAGAAGGAAAGGAAAAAGAGGGAGAAAGAGGAGAAGAAGAAAGAGAAUGAGAGGAAAAAGAAAGAGAAGAAAGAAAAGAAGGACAAGAAAGACAAACUGGACAAGAAAAAUAAGAAAGAUGAGAAAAACAAGAAAGGUAAGUCUAAGGGUGGUGCAGGCGUGGAGAUGCAGCCCCUAAACAGUGACGAUGGAGGAGAGGAGAAGAAGAAAGCCAACCUACCAAAGAAGGAAAAGUCUGUGCUCCAGGGGAAGUUGACCAAAUUAGCGGUGCAGAUCGGCAAAGCAGGCCUGUUCAUGUCGGGAUUGACAGUAAUCAUCCUGAUAACUCUGUUUAUGGUGGACACCUUCUGGAUCCAGGGCCUACCAUGGGUCGCGGACUGCACACCCAUCUACAUACAGUUCUGUGUCAAGUUCUUCAUCAUAGGUGUAACUGUGCUAGUGGUGGCCGUGCCCGAAGGUCUCCCCUUGGCCGUCACCAUCUCAUUGGCCUACUCUGUCAAAAAAAUGAUGAAAGACAACAACCUGGUGAGGCACCUGGAUGCCUGUGAAACCAUGGGCAAUGCCACAGCCAUCUGCUCUGACAAAACGGGGACAUUAACCAUGAACAGGAUGACCGUGGUCCAGGCUUAUCUGGGAGACAGGCACUACAGGGUGGUUCCUGAGCCUGACCUCAUCCCAGGCAAAGUCUUGGACCUGCUCAUUAUGGGCAUCGGAGUCAACUGUGCUUACACUUCCAAGAUCAUGUCUCCUGAGAAGGAGGGCGGGCUGCCGCGCCAAGUGGGCAACAAGACUGAAUGUGCCUUGCUGGGCUUUGCCUUGGAUCUGAGACGGGACUAUAUGACCAUCCGCAAUGAGGUGCCAGAGGAGAAGCUCUUCAAGGUCUACACCUUCAACUCAGUCAGGAAGUCCAUGAGCACGGUGCUAAAGAACGCAGAUGGGAGCUACCGCAUGUUCAGCAAAGGAGCAUCAGAGAUCCUCCUGAAGAAGUGUUGUAAGAUCAUGACAGCCAAUGGGGAGGCUAAGGUCUUUAAGUCCAGGGACAGAGAUGAUGUGGUGAAGAAGGUGAUCGAGCCCAUGGCCUCCGAGGGCCUCAGGACCAUCUGCCUGGCCUACAGGGACUUCCCCCCUGCCGACGGCGAGCCCGACUGGGAAAACGAAACUGACAUCCUCACCGGCCUCACCUGUUUGUGUGUGGUGGGCAUCGAGGACCCCGUACGGCCAGAGGUCCCUGAUGCCAUUAAGAGGUGUCAGCGUGCUGGCAUCACGGUGCGCAUGGUCACAGGGGACAACAUCAACACGGCUCGGGCCAUUGCUAGCAAGUGUGGUAUACUGCAGCCCGGAGAUGACUUCCUCUGUAUAGACGGCAAAGAGUUCAACCGACGAAUUAGAAAUGAACUGGGAGAGAUUGAGCAGGAGCGCAUUGAUAAGAUUUGGCCUAAACUCCGUGUGCUUGCAAGAUCCUCACCCACUGAUAAACAUACCUUAGUGAAAGGUAUAAUGGAUAGUACUGUACAAGAACCAAGACAAGUUGUUGCUGUAACAGGAGAUGGUACUAAUGACGGCCCUGCCUUGAAGAAAGCUGAUGUUGGAUUUGCCAUGGGCAUUGCAGGCACGGAUGUGGCCAAAGAGGCCUCAGACAUCAUCCUGACAGAUGACAACUUCAGCAGCAUCGUCAAGGCGGUGAUGUGGGGACGGAACGUCUACGAUAGCAUCUCAAAGUUUCUCCAGUUCCAGCUGACGGUUAAUGUGGUGGCUGUCAUUGUGGCCUUCACUGGAGCUUGCAUCACACAGGACUCUCCUCUCAAAGCUGUCCAGAUGCUGUGGGUGAACCUGAUCAUGGACACCUUUGCCUCGCUGGCCCUGGCCACUGAGCCCCCAACUGAGUCUCUCCUGCUGAGGAAGCCGUACGGCCGCAACAAGCCCCUCAUCUCUCGAACCAUGAUGAAGAACAUCCUGGGCCACGCUGUCUACCAGCUCACCAUCAUCUUCACUCUGCUGUUCGCCGGGGAGCAGAUGUUCGACAUUGACAGUGGGAGGUACGCGCCACUCCACGCCCCUCCCUCAGAACAUUACACAAUUGUCUUCAACACCUUCGUCAUGAUGCAACUCUUCAAUGAGAUCAACGCCCGCAAGAUCCAUGGCGAGCGCAACGUCUUUGACGGCAUCUUCAAAAACAUGAUCUUCUGCUCCAUUGUGUUCGGAACGUUCGUCAUCCAGAUUGUGAUAGUGCAGUUUGGAGGGAAACCUUUCAGCUGUGUGUGCCUCACCAUCGACCAAUGGCUCUGGUGUGUCUUCUUGGGCUUUGGAUGUCUACUGUGGGGCCAGGUGGUCACCACUGUCCCCACCAGCCGGCUAAAGUUCCUGAAGUCUGCAGGCCAUGGCACGCAGCAGGAGGAGAUCCCUGAGGAGGAGCUGGAGGAGAUGGAGGACCUGGACGAGAUCGACCACGCUGAGAUGGAGAUGAGGAGGGGACAGGUCCUCUGGUGCAGAGGUCUAGGCAGGAUCCAGACUCAGAUCCGCGUAGUGAAUGCCUUCCGAGACACUAUGUCCCCGUACGAGGGUCUGGAGACCCCGGAGUCCCGCAACUCCAUCCACAACUUCAUGACAACCCCAGAGUUCAGGAUAGAAGACUCAGAGCCACAGAUCCCACUCAUCGACGACACAGAGGGGGAGGACGAUGCUCCCACCAAGCGCAACGCUGCACAGACUCUGCCCCCACACUCCAAGCUGGCCACCCUCCCGUCCUCGCCCAACCAGAACAAUAAUGCUGUGGACAUGGUCAUCCCCCUCCACAAGGAGAGCCCAAAGAUUAGCGGGAAUCCUGAGAGUGCUGUGCUUCCGGCGUGCCCUGGGAGCCCGCUGAACAGCCUGGAGACCUCCCUCUGAGCUGGACCGUAGUACCAGUAAUGGCCCACUGACCUCAGCCCACUUAACAAUAGCAAGACGUGGGGAGAGGAGGCUUCUAGAAGUUUUGGUUUGGACUGGAAUUGAGGACAUCAGAUAUUUCAGAUUUUAUGGUCUUGUAUCGAUGGAGGGGUGCAUAUUUGGAAUGAAAGAAUUAUAGACUACGCUUAAAACAAGUAAUUGAAUGAACAGGGAGGCUGGGACGCAUUGCUGUACAUCAGCAAUACUUCUAAAGAAUUAAUGCAUUGGCUAUGUAUAUUUUUACGAUUUCAUUCAUGUUGUGAAAGCAGACCUGUUUACACAUUUGUGAAACUUUGAUUGUCUGUGAAAGACCUACGUAAUAACAUGUACAACGUGGGGCUGUGAAGUAAAAAAAAUAUAUACUGUAUUUUAGAAAUUGCUGUUUUUUAGGAGAAAACAGGUUUCUAUUGAAACUGAACUAUUUUGCCUGCACGUUCUAUUUGGUAUGUAUUUUGCUAGGUACAUAGAAAUAUCUAGCAAAAUAAGAAGAGGUGGUUUUAUGGUCUAUUAGGAGAGGUUAGAAUAACUGGAAAACAACCACAAAUAUCCAUGUACACAAUUCCACACUGUAAAUAUUCACUCUGUUCCCAAUCAUUCCAAAACUACAUUUCAUGUUUACUGGAAAGUGGAGCUUCCAUUUGUCACUAGUGCUAUAAAUCUAGACCACAGAUGAUAAGCACCGACUCCAUGGAAAGGCUCAUUAUGAAUCAAGGAUACUAUACAUACUAUACAUACUGUACAAUGUGUCUGUAGAGAUAAUUAUGUGAAGUGAGUGUAUUGUUGGUUUUAAGUCAUUUUUUUACCAUUUUAAAUCAGGAGUAGGUUGUUGCCUGAUCAAAAACCACGUAUUUCAAAGACGUUUAAUGUGCUGAAUGGUUUUGAUGACCUGGGUUGUAUUUCACAAAUAGGAUCAAAGGGUUUGCCCAGCUAACUGAUAUAACUUGAUUCUCUACAUCAUUAACAUGUACAGUUAGUUGAUAAAGUAAUACUUACCCAUUGAUGUCCCUUUCCAUUUGACCUCUCCCGUGAACUGACCUGGGAGAUUUGGGUUGUUAUUAUUUAAAGUUGACUACCAUAUUGAUUCUGCUUUUUGAAAUACCCUCCGGGUAUAGACUCUCGGCACAGAGUACUUUAUUGCAUAUAACCUCCUUCAGAGAGACUUAAUAUUUUGUAAAAUAUAGCCUAGCUUUGUAUCUUCUUCAAGAAAACUAAGUCGUUUUCAUCCCUCACAAAAGUCAGGGUAUCAUCAUUUUGGAGGCAGAAUUGAAAAGGAUUCAAAACAGAGGUUUUUUUUUUUUGGGGGGGGGGGAUUCUGGAAUCCAGGGGCCAUAUCCAUAAGCCAUCUCAGAGUAGGAGUGCUGAUCUAGGAUCUGUCCUUUUAAUCUGGUUCAUUAUGAUCUAAAAGAUUGAACUGAUCCUAGAUCAGCACUUCUACUCUAUGAUACUUUGUGGAUACGGACAUAUUUAUUUGGGAUUUCUUCCCUGUAUUGCAAUUUCAAACUUCCUAUUAAGAAGAAAGAAGGUAUAAAUCCCAAUCCAAUGGAAGUACUGUAGAUGGUAAAAAAUGAAGAAAGAUUCCACAAGCAACUUUUGUUUGUUUCUCUGUAGUUUCAUUCAACAUUGGGAAUGACUGUUUAUCCACCUCUAUAAGGAUUUUUUUUAUCUCAAUAUUUGGUAAUAAAGUACUUUGUGUCUGUUUAUUUUAAGCAAUGGCUGUUGUGGUCGAUAUUCAUUUUCGAAACUUGUUGAGUAAUGUGUAUGGUUUUGAAAAUAAAAUGAAUAUUUAGCUUA